ACGGAUUUCUAUACGAGUGACGGUGGCACACUAAAAGUUUACAGUAAGUCGGUAAGAUUUAGUGUAUAGCACAUAGUAUUGUGUCAAUGAGCAGUAAAUAAGAUAUCGAGAAUUUCGAGUUAUCAAGGUUCAAGCUAUUGAGAGUACACUGUACAAUAUAAUUUACAAACCUCUAAACAGUGGUUACUAAUUCAACAUGUUUCUUCUACUUGAGCCAAGACUAAAUUGUUUUGAAAAAAUCUAAGAUACUUAUUUAAGUACUACCGUAAUACCUGCCAAUAGUCAUUUAACUAAAACUGAAGAAAAUUUUUACACAAUGGAAUCCGAAAUCAAAAUUUAAAGAGAUAUUAUUGACGGUUGUGAAUUUAAUGGAACAGUUAAUAGACAGAGCUCUUCAGAAGUCAUUAUUUGUAUGAAUUCGGAGAAGACAACUUAAGAGAAAACCCAUCGACUGAUAUCUGUGAUACCAUGUCUACAGCAUCAAAUUUAAUAAAGCAUGAAAUAUGUCGUAUCGUACCGAUAUAUAAAGAAAAAUUUAAAUGUGAUACCUGUGAUAAAAAGUUUACUACUAAAGAAGAUUUAACAACACACAUAUUUACACUUACCGGACAAAAGCUUUAUAAAUGUAAUAUAUGUGAUAAAGGUUUCUCUCGGAACGCCGAUUUAAAAAUCCAUAAAAGGACACAUACAGGUGAAAAUCCAUUUAAAUGUGAUAUAUGUGAUAAAGGUUUCUCUCGGAACGCCUAUUUAAAAAUCCAUAAAAGAAAACAUACGGGUGAAAAUCCAUUUAAAUGUGAUAUAUGUGAUAAAGGUUUCUCUCGGAACGCCAAUUUAAAAAUCCAUAAAAGAAAACAUACGGGUGAAAAUCCAUUUAAAUGUGAUAACUGCGAUAAAAGGUUUUUUUCUAAAGCAUAUUUAAAAAUACAUAUCAAUAAACAUAAUGAAGUAAAACCUUAUAAAUGUAAUUUAUGCGAAAAAGGGUUUUCUACUAAUCGAAUAUUAACAAACCAUAAGGAGACACAUACCAGAAAAAAGUUGUUUAUAUGUAAGAUCUGUGAACAAUGUUUUUCUGAUGCAUCAACUUUAAAAAAACAUACUCGGACACAUGAAAAAAGUAAUAAAAUGUCUACAGCAUCAAAUUUCAUAAAGCAUAAAAUAUGUCGUAUCGUACCGAUACAUAAAGAAAAAUUUAAAUGUGAUACCUGUGAUAAAAAGUUUUCUACUAAACCAGAUUUAACAAAACACACGAAGACACAUACCGGCGAAAAGCCGUACAAAAUGAUAUCUGUGACUAAGGAUUUUAUAAGAACGCAGAUUUAGACUACAUACAAGUAGACAAGGACAUCAGAUUAAAGUUUUAUUAAUAUCAUCUCCAUCAUCAAUCUUUCUCAUGUAUUCACUCUAAAAAUCCUUAAUUAAGUGUAUUUAUGGAUAAGUUAUACAAAAAUAUAUUGCUUUAUGUUGAUUUAAAUAAGAUUAAUAUCAAAGUUAUUUAAAAGCUGUGUAAUUAACGUGUACUUAGAAAUCAACUCCUUUUAAUUUUCAUGUCUAAUUUAUAAGUUUUGUAAGUCUUGGAUAUCAAAAAAUUGCAUUUUCUUUAGGACUUUUGAUGUUAUGUUUUCUGAUUUUAAUGUACAGUUGUUUUUGAACUUAGUCCACAUUCGUCACAGUUUAACUUCUGUUAAAGAAAUACCAUUUGCUUUUUAAUAUCUGGCAACAAUUUUGGCUCAGAUAAUUAUAAUAAUAAAUAAAUAAACAUUUA